GGAGCGCGGGUCCGGCGCGGAGCAUGGCGGGGCGCGGGCCGCUCGGGCCGCUGCUGCUCCUCUGGCUGCUGGCAGGCGCGGCGCGGGCCGCCCUCUACUUCCGCCGGGGCCAGACUUGCUAUCGGCCCCUGCGGGGGGACCAGCUGUCGCAGUCGGGGCGCAGGACUUAUCCCCGGCCACAUGAGUACCUGUCCCUGUCGGAUCUUCCCAAGACCUGGGACUGGCGCAGUGUGGACGGUGUCAAUUAUGCCAGCGUCACCAGGAACCAGCACAUCCCCCAGUACUGCGGCUCCUGCUGGGCCCACGGCAGCACUAGUGCCAUGGCAGAUCGCAUCAACAUCAAGAGGAAGGGUGCUUGGCCUUCUACCCUGCUGUCAGUGCAACAUGUCAUUGACUGCGGCGGUGCAGGCUCCUGUGAGGGCGGCAGUGACCUGCUGGUGUGGAAGUACGCGCAGGAGCAUGGCAUCCCAGACGAGACCUGCAACAACUACCAGGCCAAGGACCAAGAGUGUGACAAGUUCAACCAGUGUGGGACCUGCACCGAAUUCAAGGAGUGCCACACCAUCCAGAACUACACGCUCUGGAGAGUCGGCGACUACGGCUCCCUCUCAGGGAGGGAGAAGAUGAUGGCUGAGAUCUACAAAAACGGUCCCAUCAGCUGCGGUAUAAUGGCAACAGAAAAGAUGGCUAACUACACCGGAGGCAUCUAUGCCGAAUACCAUGAGGAUGCCUUCAUCAACCAUGUCAUUUCCGUGGUUGGAUGGGGUGUCAGCAGCGACAGGACCGAAUACUGGAUUGUCCGGAAUUCAUGGGGUGAACCCUGGGGUGAGAGAGGCUGGAUGCGGAUAGUGACCAGCACCUACAAGGAUGGGAAGGGCGCCAGCUACAACCUGGCUAUCGAGGAGAGCUGUGCAUUUGGGGACCCCAUCAUUUAGGGUGCAUGUCUCUCAAGGCAGUUUUCUAGAUGUGAGAUCAUGAACCCUACAGCAUGUGCAUGAGCCUGACGCACAGGACUGGAGUGACUGUCAACACUGGGCACCAGUCACAGCACUGAACACCUGGAAGCUGGCUUUCUGGCUAAAAGAGCAUCCUGAGAAUAUCUGACAAUAAGGUGUCUUAUACACCGGACAGGACAGCUCUACCUCGACAACUGUCUCACCCCCUAGUGAAGAAUGACCCUUGAGACAGGAAGCAUGUGGCCUCAAUUUCCUUCAGUUUUCUUCUUGGUAUUUCUUAUUAGCAACCAUGGUCUAUAAAAUGGCAUUUAAGAGGUAAAAUGGUUCAGACUUAUCACUGGUUGUUCUGUCACCUUAGAAUCAGUGCGGAGGAAGGGAGGUAGCAAUUUCAGAUUACCCAAGUGAUGAAUAAAAUUGUCUUCACCCAAGAA